ACUUGAGAGGACGUUUCUUGCACUCAAGCACCUCUCGUCUCCCAUUCCAGCCUCCAGCUCCUGGCAUAGAGGAAACCUUCUAUAGUGCAGGUUGUGAAAGACUUUUUAUCAUAUUGGAGUUUGACAUCAGUUGGAACGCACUGUAAAAAUGACUGACGCAGAAGAGAAAAAGCCGGAAGCAGAAAUGGAGAAAAAAGACCCUGAAGCAGCAAAGGAGAAGGACAUAGAAAUCAUGCCCCACUGGUUUGACACAUAUGUACAGCCGUGCGUGGCAGAACUUCUGGGCAGCGCUCUCUUUAUCUUUGCCGGAUGCCUCUCUGUCAUUGAAAAUGCAAGUACAACGGGCAGCAUUCAGCCUGCAUUGGCACACGGUCUGGCAUUGGGACUGACCAUUGCUGUAUUAGGAGGAAUCAGUGGUGGCCAUUUUAAUCCUGCUGUUUCCCUGGCUGCCUGGUUAAUUGGAGGACUUAAUAUUAUUCUCUUAGUUCCAUAUUGGAUCUGCCAGCUCUGUGGGGGGAUGAUUGGAGCAGCACUGGCAAUGGCUGUGUCUGGGGACACAAAUUUUGACAACGCCACCGGGGCUGCAUUUACGACUGUGAGAAAUGAUGAAGCAGUUGCCAGAGCUAUCGGUGCGGAAAUUAUCUUGACCUUCUUCCUGGUGUUUGCAGUUUGCAUGGGAGCCAUCAACGAGAAGACAAAGACCCCUCUGGCCCCCUUCUGUAUUGGGUUUACUGUCACUGUGGAUAUUCUUGCUGGUGGGGCUAUCUCGGGAGCUUGCAUGAAUCCUGCACGAGCCUUCGGCCCAGCUGUGGUGGCUGAUUACUGGACCUUCCACUGGAUAUAUUGGGUUGGACCCAUGGCAGGUGGCCUCUUGGUUGGAGGAAUAGUAAGGUUGUGCCUGGGAGAUAAGAAAAUCCGCCUCUUCCUUAAGUGACAUCGGGAAAUAAAUGUCCCCAAUGUCAUUUGGUUCAAGCGGCACCUUUACAGUCCCACACAAACCAUCACGUAUCAGCCUCAGCGGCUCAUCAAGAACCUAGAAGAAAGCCUCAUAAAGAUCCCAUCAAUCCUUUCUACUCCCUCAACAUUUCUGCCAAUGGCAACUCAUGCAAUUUAGUCCGGGAGCUGAAGAGUGAUGUCGAGGACAUAGGGACUCUCAUAUCAUCACAAAACAACCCAGAAAGAAGAUCUAAACCCUAUGACUUGAGUGAGGACAGUAUUUUAUGAUCCCAUCGCUUGCUGUUGCUUCUUAUCUCAAAGCACCCAGACAAUGCAGCCCAAACCACUGAAGGCUGAAUUAAACUUCUCAUAGCGGCAUAAGCAGUAUUCCUUUUUUAAAUAUAUAUAUUAUUUUCAAUCAAUUUAA